AUGUCGCUGGCCACCAGGGAGCCGACGGACACUUCUAUCGGAGGAUGGCGCCCAGGCCAACCGAGCCCUCGGCGGAGACGCAACGCUUCGCUGCUUGAAUCCAGAUCCAUGCACAUGGGCCUAGAAUGUCCAAAGCCGGACUAUGAUUAUUUCAGCCACACCGGCAUCUGCUACAAGUCCUUUGCGGAGGAGAAGACGUACGAUAAGGCCAAGCAGACGUGUGCCGCAGACAGGGGGAUGUUAGCCAUGCCGAAGGACGAUGCGACCAACACGUUUAUCUACGGGCUGGAAUACGGAGACGGGGACCGUUGGAUCGGGCUGAGUGACGCCGCCAGCGAAGAUAACUGGGUGUUCGAGGACGGACAAACCCUGGCGUCAACCGGCUAUAACAACUGGGACCAAGAUGAACCGAGUGGUGGCGAAGGUGAAAACUGCGUCGUCUUACGUUCGGAGAAUCCCACCACGUGGAAUGAUUUGGGGUGCAACCACAAUAAGAGAUUCAUCUGCCAGCUAGGUAAGAGUGCAGUCGCCAGUGUUUUCUUUUUCUAA